GCCACCGUCUUUAAUUUAUGUCAGCACAGGUCUACGGUUGUCACGCAUAUGUGGAAUUGCCGAAGUAAAAGUUAAAAUAGCAAUUAAAAAAUUUGUUAAAAAAUAAUUGUUAUCAACUUAAAAUUAGCAAAUAUAUAAGAAAAGUAAGUAGUUAACAUCGUCACACAAGAAGAAGAACAUAUUCAGGAAGACAAGCACUUAUUACAAAGAAUAUUACGUGGCGAAAGUUGGUCAAGAUUAAUUUGGAAGGAAAAUCAGUCAGUGCAAAGUGUGUUUGUAAGCAGAACAGCGACAGAGCGUUAGCAGAGGUAGGCGAACGAAUAACACUAUAAAAAGGAAAGGUGAAAAAAGAAAAACGUGAAAAUUUUGCAGCGAAGUUGAAGCCAAAAAAAGAAAUAGAAGAAUUCACACAGCAAACAAGAAAUACCAACAACAACUCACACUGAUCAAAGAACAGAGAAAAAGGCAGAAUUUAUUUCAAAAGGGAAAAACAAAAAUAGUCAAAAGAAAUUCCAAGAAAAAACACGAAGAUAAAAUAAACUGCAUGAACCCGUAAAAUUGAAAAAAAACGAGGGAAAACACACAAGAAACAAAAGAAGUUGAAUAAACAAAUAAAACAAAAAAAGUACAAGAAAAAAGGAAAAAUACAACUAGCGUUGAAAUUAACGAUUUCUACAAAGAGAAGAAAUCAACAUUCAUCAAACACCACACAUUAAUGCAGUGAAGUUGGCAAAAAAUAAAUAAAUUUAAAACAAGUUAAAGAAAAAAGUAACAAAAAGCAAAACGAAAGUAAUACAAAAAAGCUGGUGUUUUUCGCUACAAAAAGCAAAUAAGUUUGUGCAAAAAGCUUAAAAGAAAAAAAAAAAAAAACAUAAAAAACCAAGAGGAGGAGGAAACUAAGAAAAACCUUUGUUUGUGCCUAAAAAUAUUUUGUCUGUUUUCUCGCUGGUUGCAGUCAAUAACUUUUUCGUUCCAUCAAUAAGUAAAGGGAAAACAAAAUGAACAACAAUAAACGCAAAAAUCGCCCCAGUGGUGGUGGCGGAGGAGGCGGUAUAUCCACUGGUGGUGGUGGUAUCUCAAGAUAUUCGAAUGAUAACAGACAGCCGAAUAAUAAAUCCCGUUCCCAGGCUCAGGGCAUUUACAAUAAUGCAUAUUUUAUGCAUGCUGCCACUGCUUUGGUCGGCAAUGUUGUACAAAUGCGUCUACGUUCGGGUAAUGUUUAUGAAGGUGUCUUUCGUACUUUCUCACCCAAUUUCGAUGUGGCUUUGGAAUUGCCUGCUUGCAUUAAGUUGAGUAAAAAUUCACCCGAUGAAUCGAAAUCGGUACCAAAUGUUAUGAUUUUCCCCUACGACACGGUCGUGAGUAUUUCAGCAAAAGAUUUUGAUUCACAGUAUGCAACAGGUGGUAAUUUCCAAACGGAUGCUGCCAUUUCGGAGAAAUGUAAUGGUUCACGUUUCGAAGAGAAAGAACUAGAACCCUGGGAUCCUUCUGGCAUAAAUGGCGAAGUUGAUAUCGUAUUAGAUGAUGCUGCCAAUGGUUGGGAUCCCCAUGACAUGUUUCGUAAGAAUGAAAAUACUUUUGGAGUUCAGUCAACUUUCGACGAUUCUCUAUCUUCGUAUACUGUUCCCUUGGAUAAAAUCGAUUCAGAUGAGUUCAAAGAACGUGAAGCUAAAGCUGAAAAAUUGGCAGCUGAAAUUGAGAAUAAUCCCGCUUGUAGGGAUCGUCUCGAUUUAGAGAAUGGCGACGAAGAGGCCAUGUAUGCUGCUGUAGCACGUCCUGAUUUAGAGCGUGAACGAGAACGCGAACGUGAGAGAGAACGUGAGCGCGAGAGGGAGCGUGAAAGAGAACGCGAUUUGGAGAGAGAAAGAGAACGGGAACGUGAGCGUGAACGCGAGGAAAGAGAAAGAGAGCGCGAAAGAGAGCGCAAGCGUUUCGAACCACCCGUAAUGACUGAACGGUACAUAACAAAACCGACACGUUCAAUUACUGGACCCCCACCGCCUGUUGCUAUGUCCUCACAAACUAUGGGCUCUUCAGCUCGUGGUGGUGGUCACGGUGGUCAUGAUCGCGAUGAUCGUAAUGAUCGUAACGAUCGCAUGAUGGGCAACAAUCAAUCAUCUGUCUCUUCGAUGGGUGGUCAGUCAAACUCUAUGCAAUCAUCUGUCGGCGGUAUGACAGGUGGUAUGAAGGGUUCUGCUCCACCCUCUUCGCAGAUGUCUCAACAAGAUGGUGGCAACAAAUACCAGGGCGGUAAUAACUCCAUGAUAAAACGCAAACCCAACGCGCCUCUUAACCAGAAAAUGGUGCGCAAUACACCACCACCCAACAGCGGUGGAGGUUCAUCUGGCAUGUCCCAAGGAGGAGGUGUCAUGUCUCAGGGCGGCAAUUCCGCUGGAGGUCAAAAGCAAAUCAUUUACAAUACAAUGCCAAUGCAAAAUCCUCAACAAUCACAAUCGUCGUAUCAGCCUUAUACACCAGCUCCAAUGCAUGGUGGUCCCGCUCCCUAUAGAGGUCCCUCGAAAAUGAAUGGUGAUGCUGGCGGCAGAGGAGGUGAUGGCAAGCCGUUGCCUCAAAGAGCUAUGCGUCAGUAUUCGGGUUCUUCAUCGAACUCCUCGAUGAACUACAACAAUGAUAAUCAAAAUCAGGGUAGACACACGCAACAUGGUCCACCUCAUAGCGGAGGACAAGGUGGCAACAGCAGCUCACCUCCCUUGCAAUCAGGUGGUCCUCAUGGCAUGUCUGGUCCUCCCACAAACCAGCAGCCACCACCUCAGCCACAGAGGCAAAUGCGUUCUCGUGAAAAUCAAUUACAGGAUCUAAGACAAUUUGGUCAAGAUUUCCAAUUGGCCAACACGUCACCCUCACCCGGUCCCCCAACUCAGCAGCAGCAGUCUGCUUCCAUGUCGUCACAAUCACAGCAACACAUGAACAUUAAUAAGGGCCAUCAACCACAGCCAUCGGUGUCACCGCCUCAACAGCAACCACCCCACUUGCAGCAGCAACAACAUGUUAGCGGUCAUCCAUCGCAACAUGUUGCUAUGCAGCAUGUGCCACAGCAACAUCAUGCUGGACCACCACAGCAGAGCCAGCAAUCACAUCAUGGAGGACCACCACCACAACAGCAGCAACACUAUGUGCCACCACCACAUUUGCAGCAGCAACAACAACCCCACGGUCCACCACCACAUUUGCAGCAACAACAACAACAGAAUUUGCCACCACCCCAACAACAACAGCAGCAGCAACAGACACAAAAACAAAUGCAACAUGUACCACAACAACAUGGCGCAGGACCAGCAUCGAUGCCGAUGCAACAUGUGCCACCACCACAGACUCCACAACAACACGUGGCACCACAAACACCACAGCAACACAUUAUACCCGAACAAACUACACAGGUAACACAAACAAAUACUGUCGGCACUUCAACCCAGCCCCAACAGCCCACAACAACACAAAAUGUAACACCAACUGGUGCAGGACAAACCAAUAGCCAGCAACAACAAACUUCACCACCCGUUGCGGUCGAUAAUAACACACCCAAUCAACAACAACAACAGCAGCAGCAGCAACAACAGCAAACACCCAUUACAAAAACAGAUGCUGCCGGUACCCCGGUGUCGUCCUCAAACAGUAGCUCUACACCCUCGGAUAAAACAACACCACCCUCUAGCAAUACAUCUUCAUCGGGCACAACCGGUACAACUAGUUCGGCCUCGAGUUCAGCACCACUCGUCAAAAAGACACAUGUCCUUAAUCCCUCAGCUAAGCCUUUUACACCUCGCAGUCCCAGCACUCCAAAUCCUUCGCGGCCUCAUACACCCCAAACUCCUGUCACUAUGACAACCAUUUAUACACAAGGUGCGCCAUUGGCAGCGGCUGGUGGUCAACAGGCAUCAAUCUAUAUGAUGCCGGGACAACAACCGGCAACAGCUUUUCAUGCUCCCGGUCAUCCACAGGCCGCCCAACAGCCGCGCAUGAGAAGAGGAAAUUAUGGACCCAUGACACCAUCACAAAUGCAUGCUUCAGCGGCAACAGGUCAACCAUUAUUGGCCACCGGACCAUUGCAAACACAAUUCAUCUCAUAUCCACAAACACCACAUGCACCACAUUUCCAAUCGCAGCCUUAUGCUCCACCAAUGGUCCGUAUGUAUGAACCACAACAGUUGCAAUUUUUAACACAAACACCACCAUCGACUACACCAUCGCCGGGUCAACCACAUCAAACGUUCCAUCCACAGCCACAACCUUCCCCUGCUGGCGGGGGACCACAGCCACCAUUUGCCCCACAAACCCAAGCCUCAUACCAUGUUGUGUGCCCCCUAACAAUACAUCCCUCACAAUUGAUGACCAGCCCCUAUUAUCCAGCAGCGGCGGGGCAACAUCCACAACAGUUGCUUCAGCCUCAGCUGAUAAUGCCACAGCAUCCGGCCCAGUAGGGGAAGUUUUUAGGCAAAUUGUGUGUUCGUAAUUAAAACAAAUUUUUAUUUCAUUAUUAACAAAACAAAAAAAAAAAAAAAAACAAAUUUUUCAUAACAAAGAACAUAAACAGAAACCAGAAGUUAUAAAAGAAGAAGCAAAAGAAGAAGAAGAAAAAGAAGUCGUUGAAGAUGCCGCAGCAUUAUAAACAAAAAGAUCCUUUUGGUUCAUAAUUAUUAAAGAAUAGAAACAAAAAUGAAGAUAAAGCCCAUGUUGUCCCUCUUUUUUUAAGUAAUUACUUUGUUAAAAACGUCUUUUUUAAAGAAAUUUCAUUAUUUUUUUUCUCAUUAAAACAACAACAAAAAAAUUAUCAUAAAAAAAGUGACGUGGUUAAUGAAACUUCUGUGAAUGUGAAUUGUUGCCUGUUUAAAACUUAAAAAAAAA